GGGGGAUGGUGAUGUGAAGGAGGGAAGAGGAAGACUGAUUAUAAACACACACAGACUUGUCAGCAUAAGAGAGAGAGAGAGAGAGAGAGAGAGAGAGAGAGAGAGAGAGAGAGAUAUGGAGUUUGUGGAAGGAAGGAUAGAAGAAGAGAAGAAAUUUGGGGGUGUAGUGUUCCCAAAGACACUGAACCCUCCAAAGAAUGGAGAGGGUAUUGAGUAUGGUUCAAAUGAGUUGAUAGAGAUGGUGAAAGCAAAGAGGGAGUGGGUGGAAGAGCUACUGCAACGUCACUCGGCGAUUCUGUUUAGGGGAUUCCGAGUUAACUCUGCUGAAGAGUUUGGAGGAGUAGUGGAAGCAUUCGGAUGGGAAGAAAUGGAGUAUUGGGGAGUUGCAUCUCGUUUGAAGAUUGCUGAUAGGGUUCACACCACCAAUGAAGCCCCUCCUGAAAAAUUCAUCAUCUUCCAUCAUGAAAUGUCCCUGACCAAGGACUGCCCUUCCAAGCUAUUCUUUUUCUGUUCCCAACCACCACCGGCAGGCGGCGAGACAUUAAUUGUGCCAAGCCCUAUUGUAGUAGAAAAGAUGGAAGAAAGGUUGCCGGAAUUUGUUGCCGAGUUAAUGGAAAAAGGUUGUGUAUUUGGCCGGAGUCUUCCAAAAGAGAAUGAUAUUGGUAUUAUUAGCGGCAGGUCUUGGAAAUGGUUUCUACAAACAGAAGAUCAAGAUGAAGCAAAGCAAACGGCUUCCGAAAGGCUACGUUCAUGCUCCAUCAACUUCAACAAGGAUGGGAGUGCAGACCUUGUACAUGGGCCUCUAAAUCCAAUUCAAGAACUUGAAGGAAAGAGGGUUUGGUUCAAUACCAUCUUAGGUUACACAAGUAAUGAAAAAGACAUGAAAGUAACCUUUGGGGAUGGAAGUGCUCUUCCUGCUGAGGCCUUUGAGGUAUUCAAAGAUAUUUUGGAUGAGAAUUGUGUCGAUAUCAAGUGGCAAAAAGGAGAUGUGUUAUUACUUGAUAACUUCACUGUUCAACAUGCCAGGCGCCCUGGGAAGCCACCAAGAACUGUAUUAGUGUCUGUGUGUAAGUGAAGUUGAACAUCGUUGGAUUGUAGCGUGUGCAUUGCAUCUAAGAGGCAAGGCCUUUUUUUUUUUUUUUUCUUUUCAAGAAAUGGAAACUCAUGUAUAAGACUUUUAAGUUUGCACUAUGUGGAAUACUAAGAGAUCUGCGAAGACUCCGAAUAGAUGCUUAAUUUUCUGUUUAAUUCAAUUAAUGAUGAAUAUUUCAACGUUUAGAUUU